AUGGGGAAAAAGAUUCGGGUCUCGUCCACACGAUAUGGGCUCUCGUUUCAGGGAAAAACGGGCCCGGUUCGCUGUAGUCCGGACAUCCAUACGUCCUCAAAGGCAGCUCGACUGCCACUGUUCAAGCUCUUGGGCUGUUGCCGGACGUUGAAGAACAGACUAUUCGGGGCUCGUGGCAAAGGAUCGACCCGCUUCUCUUCUCGCCCGGGGCCCGAAAGGGCUGCCUUCCGUUGGAAAAGUCCCGCUGCUCAUCAUAUAACACAAUCGGGGCUGCUGCUGUUCGGAAAUGAGACCGACGACUGCUCGAUAAGAGCCUCGGGCGGCUGUUGCUCGGACACCGGCGAGUUGCUCGCGAAACAGAGGCACUCGACGGCGUCUGGUAACGUCUCGACGGUGGCUGGGAUUGGCGGCGAGGAGGGCUCGCAGACACGGAGACCGGCGAUGAGAGGCUGCUCGAUGGACAAUUUCGCGGCUGCUUGCUUACAGGGGACGCAGGCGGAUAGAGCUCGGCCUGCUGGUCGGUACAAUUCGCCGACCUCGCGUCGCCGGUGGUCUGCCGCAAAGGACUCGACGGCUGCAGGGGAAAACGCCGCUGAUGGCUUGCUCGCGAUGGGCUGCCCUUACAGCGGGGGUGAAGGUAAAAAAAGGAUUUUCGAUCUGCUCUCAAGUUCGAGGGAGAAGAGAUCGAUGCUUUUGCAGCGAAUUAUCGGAUGA